GGAAUGUUGGGCGUUCGCAAAUGAGCUCGUCGCGUGGCCAAGAAAACGGCAGAAGGGGCAGGAGGACGAAUUGAUUGACCCUCCCGCGAGGCUUGCGAGGCGUACAGGCUUGAGGGGGCACGUUGGGGGCAGUCAUGCAGCUUCCGCCAGACAGCUCAUCUGCCUCUCGGCGCGUGAGCAUCAACGGCAACAGCAGCAGCAGCAACACCUCUACCAAGACCACAGCCGGGCCUCCUCUGUUUGCUCCUCCACUGGAUUCCUUAGAUGGCCAUCACGAGUCAGGUCCUAGCUCGACACACAGCUACAUUGGCUAUACGCCCCAGCAGAGGCACAGAACAAGCUCGAGCGCUUCGUCUAAUUACUCGAGGAAUAGCUUCACCACCCAUUCACCUGCUCCACUCGUCCACCUGUCUCCUCAGAACGACAGAACGACAUCCGAGAGCCAUUGGCAUUCUUCAGCGGAGACCUACGCUUCUAGAUCUCUACACGAACCGCUCGCCGUUCUCACACCUGCACGCUCUCGCUCAGACUCUCUCCAGAGAUCUCGACAACCAGAGGCAGAGAUGAUAGAUCCACGAAGGAUGAGGACGCCUGCGAGUAGCUUGCCGCGCGGCCAGACGACGCCAGGUAACGACCAAACGACGACGUCUCCCAUCGUCGACCCUGGCUAUUUCAACGGCAUCUCGCCUCUCGUCUUUCCAACCUCAUCGUCAGAACAUACCCGAGCACACUCUGACGCAAGCUCAAUCUAUUCCUCGCACAACAUCUCACAACCGACUUCACCCUCGCUCAGGAAUCCUCCCGGUCAUCGACCGACCAUGCCCAGAAGAGUAUCUUCCAUGGACGGUAGUAGAUUCGUGAGGACUCUUUCGGUCGAUAUGAGCCCAACGACAUCACGUGCGAGGAGGAUAGCCGCCAAGUCGACGCCAGAUUCGCCUGCUGAUGAGUAUCCUUCGAGGUUACUACCGGGAGAUUCGCCUAUCAUUGUACCCAGUCGGAAAUCGAGUAUAGCGGGCAUCGAUUCGCCCAUGCAAGAGCUAGCAAGUCUGGCGCCCUCACGGGGAUCCUCGCUGUUCCCACCCCAAGUAGACGAGACGAUCGAAGAGGGUCCGCCUAGGCUACCCGCCAAUUCAUCACCCCUCGAUUUUGCCGAGCUCUACAGUACCCUGCCCUCGCCUGUAGAUGACCACUUUGCAGAGAGCAAGGUAGUUCAGCCGGAAGUACGACAUCUUCCUGGCGAAUUUGACACAGAAUCGACGAGGAGCAAUGCUCUGGAUGAGUUGAAUGCGGCUAUUGGCGAUGCGCUCCAGAGUAUGAACGAUAUAGACGAUAUCCCGCUCAAGGACACGUCUGAGCACGAUAGCGGAUCUGCCUAUAGCCAUUCUCCCGUCAAGUCUACUGUGACGGCAGUACAGCCGGGCGUGCAGCAGACGAUCGGAGAAGAGGCUGCACUUCGACAGAGGGAUGUACCGAGUAGACAGAUCUCGCCCACGACUUCCGCCGUUCCGAUCAGCAGGGAGUUGUCAUCCCAAGGCGGUCCCGUCGCUAUUGCUAUCGAUCCGAACGAACAGAUCAGAUGGCAUACCCCGCUCGAGAGCGUCAAUAACACCGCAGACUACUUCCCGAAUCGUGUGGUACCGAGAAGGCACAUGCCUUUCACUUCGGCAAUGUCAUAUGCGGAAGUCUCCAGACUUCGCACUGCGGGCGAGAGAGCCAAGGCAUACUCUGCCAAACUCAACGAGCUCCUCGGGCAGGAUCGUGGAUUCUCUCUCUGGUUGGAUAUUGCCAGUCAGAACGUAGGACUCGUGACUGCGCAAAGAACGGAAGGAAGAGGAUCCUUCUCGUCGAUACAUCAGCCCGUAUCGCCCACUGACACGAUCAGAAGAGGAGGUUCGCAAGCUUCACUCGACAUCAACCCACGGCAGCUCAAUCCGCGUUCUGACCUCGCACGACGGGAUAUGACCAACUUCAGACAAUCUUCCAUACUCUCUGCGCAUCGACUCUCACAGACGAACCUGUUGGGCAACCCGAGCGUACUCAACCAGGUCAAUAAGCUCACUAAGCCUCGAUUCGGUAUGGGCCGACGGACGAGCAAGAGAUCGCCUUCGGGCAAGACGGCCAGCUUGCCCAUCUCGCAUAGCUACUCUGGCGAUCGAAAUCUAGCUGGUCUGAUCAGCAAUCCUAGGCCGAUUGUCGAGCCAAACGAGACGGGUUCUCCGGCUGGUCUGGGGCUGCGCCCAAUCCAAUCGCGACAAUCUGACGAAUCGAGCUAUCACGCUAAGCUGGACAGGAUGUCAGAUAUCCUCCCGGCUGCCAACCGAGCCACCCUGUCAGAAUACCUCAUUCGAAGCGAUGGGAACGAUCUGGACGCCAUUGGGAGUUAUUUGGCAGAUGAUAGACAGGGACGCGUGUCUAUCUCCUAGCAGCUGCAGCUGUGCAAGUAGAUACAAAGGUGUAGAUGCAUUGUAAGGGUUGUAGUGUCCUGCAUGCAUGUGUGGUGCAUGCGUCUGACUCUGGUUCAGAAACCAAUCGUCGUCUCUGCCAAAUAGUCGUUUGCCUUUUGCAAUACGUUCUUGUCCUUGUUGCCCUCAUCUGCACGCUUCUUGAACUCUUCGUCGUCUUCUUCUUGACGAUCUCGCGCAGACUCGGGGUCGCCCGUGUUGUCGACUAUCUUCUGCCCCUUGUCAUGCUCUGCCGCUUCGCUACUUGGCGCGAUUGCCGCUGAUCGAUCCUCUUGAGCCGACAUGUUUGCGACGAC